AGAGUCAGCAUCGUCGCUUUAACCGUUAAGUCGUUUAGUCGUUUCGCAUUUCGCAUUCGCACUGCCCAGUCCGAGCACUGUGACUUGAUUAUUCGGAGAGAUAGUGACAACGCCCAUACACACACACACACACACAAACACAUAUAAAUACAUCUAUAUAUAUAUUGAACAAAAUGCACGGAUACCGCACCUACAACAUGGAGAGCCAUCAUCAUGAUAGCAGCACCGCCGUUGACCAGAAGCCGCUGGUUGUCGAUCUGAUCUCAACACAAUACGGCAAACCACAAACGCCGCCGCCUUCGCCAAAUGAGUGCCUGUCCAGUCCAGACAACUCGUUGAACGGCAGCCGCAACUCCGAGAUUCCCGCUGAUCCGUCAGUUCGUCGCUAUCGAACUGCCUUCACACGUGAUCAGCUGGCGCGUCUCGAAAAGGAGUUCUACAAGGAGAACUAUGUGUCGCGGCCACGCCGCUGCGAGCUGGCCGCCCAGCUGAACCUGCCCGAGUCGACAAUCAAGGUCUGGUUCCAGAACCGCCGUAUGAAGGACAAGCGUCAGCGCAUCGCCGUCGCCUGGCCCUACGCUGCCGUCUACUCCGACCCCGCUUUCGCCGCUUCCAUCCUGCAAGCGGCUGCCAAUAGCGUGGGCAUGCCCUAUCCGCCCUAUGCACCCGCCGCUGCUGCCGCCGCCGCUGCCGCGGCCAACCCGAUGUUGGCCACCGGCAUGCCCACCAUGCCAGUGCCGGGACACUCGCCGUACGGCCAGUACCGCUAUGCGCCCUAUCACAUUCCCGCUCGCCCAGCGCCGCCAGCACCGCACAUGCAUCCGCACAGCCACUCGCACGCCAUGCAGGCCGCCAUGCCCAUGGGCUAUCCCGCCGCCAUGCUGGGCGCCGCCGCCGUUGCCAGCAUGCCGCCCAGCUAUGCCGCCGGCCAGCUGCAGCUGCCCAAGACGCAGACGCCACCGCUGGAUCUGCAGUCCUCCUCGUCGCCCCACUCAUCCACGCUGUCGCUGAGUCCCGUCGGCUCCGAUCACACCAAGGUCUUCGAUCGCAGUCUCAGUCCGCUGCGCAGCUCCGCCGCCGUCGUCGUUGCCACCACCAGCAGCCCGCUGCCAGCGCCCGGUCUGCUGAUGCCCAGUGCCAAGCGGCCAGCGUCGGACAUGUCCCCGCCUCCGGCUUGCAACACAGUCAUUGCGGAGCCCAAGCCCAAGCUGUUCAAGCCCUACAAGACUGAGGCGUAGGCACCUGCCCAGCCCUGCCCUGCUCCACCUCUUGUUUCUCU